AUGUUUACAUCUCCAACGCCAGAUCUCGACCAUGUCGACAACACCACACUUGGACCUAUCCGACCAGCUACAUCCGAUGGACGUGAUUCGGAACGUUCUGUGGACGAGGUCCCGGUCUGGGACCCUUCACACCCGGAGUACACUCCGCUUUUUCACACCUCGGCUCAUUCUCCACAGCCUCAUGUGAGCCUCGCAAGUGUAGACAUAGAUAAAUCUGUGCUUCGGCAAGCGCAUUCGGCUGUCACGGUGCCUGCUGGCCAGCUACAUGGCAAUCCUGCGCGACACACGUCAAACUACAAGAUAAUCCAAGAGAAUCCCUCUAAGGAAGCUGAAAACGUCGAGAAAGCCCUAGAUUCCGACGACUCUGAUGACCCCGAAGAACCAUGCAACUACGUUGUCAGCCUCCCAGCUGGCUUCCCACGGUUAGCUGAGUUCAUGACACGCGGACCGGAGCGAGCCCUCUUCCGCACCUUCCGGACUCUCGGUGUACAGAAUCUCCUCUACAUGCAAGCCGAACUUGACUACCUUGAGUGGGACCUUCGUUCUGAUAUGGAAGAUGAGCAAAAUGCCAGGACCACCGCUAAAUAUGCCACAGAUUGGGCCAUGGCGAGCAAUCAGAGCAACAAUGGAGUGAAGCCCAAGCAGUAUCAUAUCAUUAUGGAGAUUCGUCAGAAAUUGGAGAAAUAUGAAGAAACACUUCUGCGACAGCGUAAACUGAACAAGAUUUCACCCCCCGAUCAUUUCGAUAUCGAGCAAAUUCAGUCCUACAACGUGUCUCGCGCUGUGCGCAAUCACCCGAUAGAUAACUGUAACCCUCUUUACGGCCAUCCUGAAAGCAUUUCCGGCCAUCAAGCCGCAGCCACAGACCUGGUCUCGCUCAAGUCCCGCCAAUACCCCGACUUGUUUACUCUUUGGGUCUGCGAGCGAUCGCUUACACUUAUCAAUAUCUUCGGAAGAUUCCUCCAAACCGACAAAGUUAGCGGCAAGCCAAAACUCUAUGAUGCUGCUUUGAAGAGGUACACCUACUACUUCACAGCUGUAAUCGCUGGUCUAGUACCUGCUGUCAUGAAGUACAUGAUGUCUGAGCACGAAGACGCCCUAGUCAAGGGUACUGUCAUGGCAUCGAUGAACCUAUCGAUAAUGGGCUGCUUGGUCUUUUUCACAUAUGUCGACAAAGGGUAUCUUUUCAUCACCAGCGUACUGUUCUCAAUCUUCCAAAUGUUGAUCUUGUCGAAACAGUAG